AUGAUAUCUUUGGCGAGUCAUGAAUACGGAAAAGACCCUUUACUGCGAGCACUUGGAGAACUCGGCGAAGGAUCUAUUUUUUUGUGGAAAAUCUUUUUCAUUUCGAUUGUGCCAACAUUACUCAGUGGAAUGCAAGCGAUAUCUUACGUAUUUACAGCAGAAAUACCUACCCACUGGUGUGAAGUUGAAGAAUUAAGUGCAUGCAACUGGACGAGAAAUCAAAUAAAAACAAUUUCUUCUGCGAGUUCCUGCACUUCCUAUAAUUAUAAUUAUACAUAUUUUGUGGAAAUUGGAUAUGAUGGAGCCUUAAACUACACUAAAUAUCACAAAUUGCCAGAAACUUCAGAGUGCUCAAAUUAUUUAUUUGCAAAUAACCUUGACCGAAAAUCAAUAGUUGAGGAAUGGGGCCCUAUUUGUGGAAAUGCACACCAAAGACCAACUGUCCAAAUGGUUUUGAUUCUGGGAAAGACAAUAGGAGCCGUUCUUUUUGGUACUCUCUCAGAUAAAUUUGGAAGAAGAACAGUUUUUAUAAUUGGAGUUAUUUUAUUGAGUAUUUCUGGACCUUUAAGUGCAUUUGUAGUGAAGAAUAUAGCUUUCGGAUCCAGUGUAACAAUCUUGAAUCUUGGAAGUCUUUUAGCUCCUCUUAUUGUCAAUAUGUUAGGAGACAAAGCCUGGCGAGCACCAAACACACUUUGUGCUCGUUUUGUUUUAUUCGCUGGAUUUUUGUCUCUCAAACUUCCUGAGACAAAGGAUAGAAAACUAAGUGAUACAGUCGCCGAAGAACUCUAA